UUGGCGGGCGGUGCCCGGACGCAGGUGCCGGCUGGAGCUGAGCGAGAGGCGCUGACGGGCCGGGCCGGGCCGGGACCCAGGCCAGGGUGAACCGAGGGGCCUGUGCGGCCGCCCGGCCCGGCCGCGGAUCAGGACUCUCUCCAGGCUCCUGGGACCAUGGGCCUCGGGCCCUGAGGACACAGGCUCCCUGUGGCCAUGACGACAGGCGACUGCUGCCACCUCCCGGGCUCCCUGUGUGACUGCUCUGGAAGCCCUGCCUUCUCCAAGGUGGUGGAGGCCACUGGCCUUGGGCCACCCCAGUAUGUGGCACAGGUGACUUCAAGGGAUGGCCAGCUCCUUUCAGCCGUCAUCCGGGCCUUGGACACACCCAGUGACUGUCCCUUCUGCCGGAUCUGCCAUGAGGGAGCCAAUGGAGAGAGCUUGCUGUCCCCUUGUGGCUGCACUGGCACGCUGGGAGCCGUGCACAAGAGCUGCCUGGAGAAGUGGCUUUCCUCAUCCAACACCAGCUACUGUGAGCUGUGCCACACGGAGUUUGCAGUGGAGAAGCGGCCUCGCCCUCUCACAGAGUGGCUAAGGGACCCGGGGCCUCGGACAGAGAAACGGACGCUGUGCUGUGACAUGGUAUGUUUUCUGUUCAUCACGCCCCUGGCUGCCAUCUCCGGCUGGCUGUGCCUGCGCGGGGCCCAGGACCACCUCCGCCUGCACAGCCGACUGGAGGCUGUGGGGCUCAUUGCUCUCACCAUAGCCCUCUUCACCAUCUACGUCCUCUGGACACUGGUCUCUUUCCGCUACCAUUGCCAGCUGUAUUCCGAGUGGAGGAGAACUAACCAGAAAGUUCGGCUAAAGAUCCGGGACACAGAUGGCUCUGAGAACUCACGCCAAUCACCACUGGCUGCUGGACUCCUUAAAAAGAUGGCGGAGGAAACCCCUGUGUGAAAGCCAGGCUGCCAGGACCCUGCAGUGUGUACAGGGGCCAGAGUGACCUGGCAAUGCCCUGGCAUUUGGAAGGCCGGAAACUGCCCGAUCCUUCUUGCACGGCCAGAAUGCUUCUCAGGCUGAAAACCACGCCAAUUGGAGAUCCUGUGUGAAUAUAGUUUGGGUUUUUUCUUUCUUUGCACACUAGUACAUGACAAAGACAGACGGACGUGGUCCUGAGCUUGGAUGGAGCAGGCACUCUGAUCUCUCAUGUGUGCUUGGCGCCUCUUGGGCCAGCAACUGUGGCCAGUUGUGUCAAGGGUGUCCUUUGGGCUGGAAGGUUCCAGCAAGCUUCUUGCGCUUUUCUGCACCUUGGCAGGCUUGCUUUCCUGGCACCCUUGACUUUAUAAAGUUGCACUGCGUUUCCAAAACCCACCCCUGAAUGAAUAAAAGGAGCUCUUGCUGGACAAAAUGGA